CUUCGAAACCUCACUCCCUGUAAGUGAUCCUGAGAACGUCAUUGAAGUCAUUUCGACCUUCUUCUAUCUUCAAAUUUCUGGAUUUCAUUAUUUUCCAUCAUUGAAGAUUGUACUUUGAAAAUCAUCAGGAAAAUCACAAUAUUCAGGCAUGGAUCAAACCGAGCCAACUAUACCGGAGUGGUUCCGUUGCAGAAAUGUUUUAGUAACAGGGGCCACAGGAUUUAUGGGAAAAGUCUUGGUUUCUAAGUUGUUACUUAGUUGUCCCGAUAUUGGAAAUAUUUUUAUUCUGAUUCGGGAGAAAAAGGGUGUGGAUCCACAGAAUAGGUUGAAACAAAUAUUUCAGCAAGAGCCGUUCAGGAUACUUGUAGAGAAUCAUCCCGAAAGACUAAAGAAAAUUGUGGUCAUUAAUGGUGAUACAACGAACGAAGGACUUAGCUUGUCAUCGUCGGAUAAAGAUCGUUUAAUCAAAGAUGUCUCGGUUGUGUUCCAUAUGGCCGCUAAUGUCAGAUUUGACUUGAGUUUAAGAACUGCUAUUAAUAUGAAUACUAGAGGCACUUUCAACGUUAUAGCAGUUGCAAAACAGUUUACACAACUCCAAUCUUUCAUUCACGUGUCGACAGCAUAUUGUCAAUGUGGAGAAUCUGUUUUAGAAGAAAGGGCAUAUGCAGAAUCAAUUUUACCAGAGAAAGUUUUUUCACUAGUUGACAAUAUGGAUGAUGAUAUUUUGGAAACAAUUACUCCGAAAUUAUUAGGAAGUCAACCAAAUACGUACGCCUUCAGCAAAGCUUUAGGUGAAGCACUAGUGAUGAAAAGUGGGUUGCCUGCAGGCGUUGCUCGACCUUCUAUAGUUACUGCCUCUUGGAAAGAACCAACCCCAGGAUGGGUAGAAAAUAUGAAUGGACCAACUGGUUUAAUGAUAGCAGCUGGAAAAGGAGUAAUUCGAUCCAUGCUUUGCAAUGCAGACUACCUCACAGAUAUAAUGCCAUGCGAUAUGGUAGUAAAUGCAACAAUUGCUCUCGCUUGGAAAGUUGGCCUUGAACAACCAACUAAACCAAUUUUCAUGAAUAUUACUGAAAGUGGAGAAAAUCCAGUUUCUUGGAGAUUUGCUCUCGAAACUGGCAGAAAACAUGCGCUUGAGAAUCCAUUCUCAGGACCUUUAUGGUAUCCUGGAGGCGGCUUCACAACUUCGAAAUUCAUUCACUGGCUUUCUGUACUAUUUCUGCACAUUAUUCCUGCCUAUUUAUUAGAUGCUUUGUUUAUUGUUACCGGAAAUAAACCCUUCCUCGUGAAAGUACAAGAACGAGUUGCUACGGGUCUCGAAUUAUUACAGUAUUACACAACAAAGGAAUGGACAUUUCGCAAUGAUACCAUAAAGAGUUUGCAGAGCAGUCUAAGUUCAUCUGACAGAGAAAUCUUUUUCAUGGACACCAAGGCUAUUUGUUGGAACGAAUACAUAUUAACCUACAUCCUAGGUACUAGAAAGUAUUGUUUGAAUGACGAUCCUUCAACUUUGCCUCGUGCAAGACGCGUUUUUAAGUAUUUAUACAUCGCAGACGUUUUUGUCAGGAUAGCUUUUGGUAUUUUAUUUGCCUGGUGCUUGUACUCUUGGAUGGCACCAAUUAAAACUUUGACUGAAGUUCGAGAGCCUUACACAGCAAGCAUCAAAACUUGAGAAAAUGUGUGUCCUUUAGAAUUGAUUAAUUAUUGAAAUUAAAAAGAAUCUUAUGAGGAUUAAAUUAGAUUCUAUAUCUGGAUCAAUUUUGUUGAACUUCAAGAUAAAAUUUUGGACACUGCUUGUGUCUCGUUAUUGCCUCAGUUUACUUCUGUAAUAUUUUAUACAUACGUUUUUAUUUAGUUAUUUAGUUACUGUUUUAGGAAUCUGAGAUUAACGACAUAUUUUUUCUGUAUAUGUAUUACUAAAACUUGUUCCGCUUCUGAUAAGCGUUGUACUGUGAAUUUAUACUUUUAUGUGUUUUAUUUAUAACAAUAAUUAUAGAAUAGUUCAUUAAAUAUUCGAAAACACGAAAGGAAAUGCUCAAUUUAUCUGUGAAAUUUACGCAUGUAUUUAGGCCGUGGCUACGAGUAACGAAAUGUCGGUAUACCAAUGCCGGUUAUUUUCGGUAGGAAAAGCGGAACCUAAAAAAGGGACUACCUGUACCAACAUUUCGGUAACAAUAGCCGCAAUUUUUCGGUACACGUAGGUACUGCUAUAUAUUUUUCUAUUGAGUAGAAUAAUUAUUUUAUAGACAAAAGUAGAUUAGCAGAACAUAUGAACGUUUUGAUAGUAUAUUGCAAGUUUUGUCUAGUGAUUAUUUUAAACAAUCUAGAUGAACAAAGUUUUAAUUAAUAACGUGUAAUUUUAAAAGCUUUCAUAAAAGAUAAUUCAAAAAGGUUACGAAAUUAACCUAGAAACAGACGAAAGGAUGAUUACAAAGUGAGUACGAAUGUAAAAUAAUAAUAGACUUAAAAAAGUGCUGUUAAGAAUGUUUUGAUAUUAGCAAAAAUGUAUUAUUAUUUAAGUAUGUAUUUCUGAGAAAAUAUAUAUGAAUUAUAGACAUAUACCAAAUAUUAGUAAAUGCGCUUUAUGCAAGAUUUAAUCAAUUUUAUUUACGGACAAAGCAGUAAAACAUCACAAAAACUUCAAGAAAUACUUGGUUGCACUUUUUAGGAUAAAAAUUAGGCUUUUUUACUUUAAAUAAUGAUAAGAUAUUUUCUCCGUGUCACUUGCUAUAUACAUAAAUUUAAUCCGCUAUGUCCAU